UUGCUUCGAGUGUCAAAAACAAAGUGAACCAGGACAGUUGUUCCGCUGUGUCGGGACCUAGGAAAAUCAAGUGAAAAGUAACUUAGAGGCGAAAAGUUCAUGCUGGUGUUUAUUAAGACGUCAGAGAGACAUAUGAAGGAGCCCAUGCUGAACAUGGAGACAUUGAGCAAACCAGAGCUGUUGACUCUCUUCAGCAUCCUGGAGGGAGAGCUGGAGGCCCGAGACCUGGUGAUCGAUGCCCUCAAGGCCCAGCGCAGGGAGCUCUAUGUCCGGGAGCGCUACGGGAAGUACAGCCUCAGCGAUCCCUUCCUGGCCCUGCAGAGGGACAGCGAGGCCGUGGGCGACCAGAAGAGGCACCUCAUGGGCCACUCCACCUCCAACCCCCUGGUGGUCCUCAAACUGGUGGUCAACCACUGCAGGAAGAUGCAGGACAAGAUGUUGGCCCAGCUGGCCGCGGCCGAGAGCAGGCACAGAAGGGUCAUUGCAGACCUGGAAGAGGAGAAGAGGAGGCACGCUGAGGACACGGCCGAAGGAGAUGACGUCACCUAUAUCCUGGAGAAGGAGAGGGAGCGCUUACAGCAACAGAGAGAGACCGACUGGCCACACUCCCCUGCUGUUUGUGUGCAGCUGGAGUUCGAGCGGAGCCAGGCGCGGCGGUCGGAGAAGGACCAGCGGCGGCUGGCCGAGCAGCUGGACGAGGAGCGGGCCCAGAGCAAGCAGGUGACCUCGGCCCUGGCCAAGGAGUGCAAGUGGGCCGGAGCCCGGGCCCUCGAGGAGGGCCACCGCCUGGCCGAGGCCGGCCGCAAGCUGGAGAAGGAGAAGGAGGUGUCACAGGCCCUGCAGCAGGAGCUGGAGGCGGAGAGGAGGAGAGCGCUGAGGAUGGAGGCCAGGGUGGAGGAGCAGCUGGCCGAGUUCGACACGGAGCGAGAGCAGCUCCGCUCGCGGCUGAAGAAGGAGGAAGCUCACUGUUGCCUUUUGCAGCGAGAGCUGGAAGUACUGAGGAGGAGGACGGAGGGGACGGCUUUAGGAGGAGAACCGAGGGCGGAGUGCGUGGGAUCCACGGAGAGAAAAGAGCAACGUGCUACGAGCGAACCUCUGGCAAACAGUCAAACAGAGCAAGCAGCAGCCGAGCGCUUUAAAGGAGAAGGAAAGACUAACGUCCCCUCGUUCCUGCCAGAAGUCCACGGUCACCCCCCCGACCAGGAAGCAGACGGCGCGCCUCUCAGCCCUAGCGGCGUCGUCCCAGUCCUGUUGGAGGCCCAGAGCUCCGCGGCCUCCUCCUCCUGCGAUCCCGAGAACAGCGGCUCCUCCCCUCCCCCCACCCAGCGCCCCAGCCCCGGCAGCCCGGGCAGCUUCCAGUCCUCGUACCAGGCGGGCAUCCACCAGCGCUUCCACGCCGCGCGCCAUAAGUUCCAGGGCACCGUGGAUCCCGACCUCCCUGCUUCUGCGUCUCCUGCGUCUCCGGUGCAGGCCGGCCAACCGGCGCCGCCGCCGCCCUCAGCGAAGGACCCCGCCCCCCCGACCCCGAUUGUCUCUCCGGAGGCCACCCCGGUCAAGCAGCUGGCCCGCAGCACCGUCACCCAGGUGCUGUCCCGGUUCACCACCGCUCAGCAGGGGGCCUCGGCGAAGCCCACCGCGCCCAACAACUCGCCCUUUGGCACGGACUACCGCAACCUGUCGGCGCCUCUGUCGCCGGUCAUCGGGAGGGCCCAGGGGGUCCGAUCGCCGACCAUCCCGAGGGCGGAGAGGGGCAACCCUCCGCCCAUCCCUCCUAAGAAGCCGGGCCUGGCCCAGGCCCCAGCCUCGCCUUCCCUGGGCGCCAGGUCGGCGGCUCUUUACUCGGAAAGCCCCAUCGCGGCGAGCUGCGGCCUCACCUCCAGCCAGGAGGGAGUGAAGGAGCUGGACAGAGUGGUGUCUUCUAACUGAACCGAGCGGAGCGGCUAGCUGAACCGGUUCACCCAAACGCAGCGGCUGCUGGCUCAACGGGCUUCUGAAAGUACAGCUGUUAUAGCUAAAUUAGAUGACCAAUCAUUUCACGUCUCUUUGCUGUGCCGCAGGAUCACAUGAUGCCAUGAUGGAAUUUGUGGCUUCAGCCUUGAUGAUCAAGGAAAUAACUCAGAUAAAUCCAUGUAAUUAUAUUUAUUUUAUUUUUAUAAUCAAAUGCACUAUUACGAGUAUGAGGGGUACUUUUCAUAUUAUUUCCCAUAUAUUCCAAUAUGCUGGUCACGCUAUGUUUUUAAAUGUAUAUUAAACACAUUUCUGGCAUUAAAGUGGCAAUCUCAAAGAUUUUCUUUUAAAUAAUGUCACUAUAUAUCGCCGCUUCAGGAAAAAGGAUGGUGACUGAGAAAAGCCCUUGCAUUUGCAGUAUAUGAAUGUUAGGAACUGGGUGCCGGUCACAACAUCGUUGGGAUCUACGGGAACAAUUCCUGCUUAUCACCAAGGGUUUGCCAAAGAGAAUUAAACAAAUCUUGAAGAUUGCCACUUUAUUAAUUCAUUUGAGGGGGUUACGAUCAUCAGUUGGCCUAGAAGUUGUUUUAUUUUUAUGUUUAAAUUACUAUCCUAAGCAAUAUGAAAAUGGACAAUAUCAUCUAAAAACGAAUGUAUAUUGACCAGAUUAAAUGUACACUUUUUUUUGUAUAUAUAGAUUAAACAUUGAGUAGUCACAUAUCUGUACUUAAUACAUUCAGUUGAGUUCUUGUUAUUAUUACUCCAAAUUAAAAUGCUUACAUUUCAAAGACCUGUAUUUUAUGAUAAAAUGCAUUAAACUACGUGACGUAACCACAUUAUUUUAUAGUUCAAGUACAAUUCAAUGUUUAUCAUCUGUUAUUUUCAAGUGAAAAAAAAAGAUGAAUAAAAACUCUGUGAACCAUGAAUAAUGGUUCACAGAGAGUGCUUUAGGGAAAGAGUGCCAAGUGCAGAGAUCACCUGAGAGUUAUUCAUGAAAACAAAAAGACCAAAAAAUGAAAGAACACUGGUCGAGCACAAUUCAUGAAUUGGGACUGGUGGUGAGUCUAAUAAAGCAUACGAGAAGACGUCAAGGGGCCUGACAACAAUGAACAUGGGAUUAGUGCAAGUGACAUUUUACAUGUAGAAAGAAUUUCAUAACAUCACUGGCUAGUGAAAAGGUCAAUUGGUUGAAACAUAAGAGGACUAAGCAGCCAAUUCAUGCAAGCAUUCCUAAGCACAUUGUAAGAUUUGGUUUUAAAUCAAAGCUUUUCCACAUCUCCCCUCAACACCAAGAUGUAGUGCAUUGAAUAAUUCCGUUUGCAGGAUCAACCAAAGUGCAGGACCUCUGCAGUUAACACCGACCAACCUACAUCCCACUGAGUUAAACCCAUGGACCUAUUAAACCAGCAACCAACUGGUAACUACAUGCCGCUCCAAAGGAAAGGCUCCAUCAUUUGUGUAAUAGGCAAUUAACUGCCAAUACAAAAGUCCCAAUAACCGUAACAAGAGAGCGGUCUGUUACAAAAAAAAAUCGUACUUGUAUUUUGACCAGGGCUCUUGCAAUGUAUGUACAACAAGUGUCCUCUAGAGGUCAGUGUGUUAUAUAAAUGCAGGUAGUCAGACAUAAACAAAUAAUGUGUUUAAAAUGUAGUAGCAAAUCUUAAGGUAUUUAUUGUGCAUGUUGCCUAUUUGCAGACAGUUUCAUUUUAUCCCUUUUCAAAACAAAGGAUUAAUAAAGCUAU